AUGUCGCCCGGAGACGGGUUAAUACCCCGAUCCCCCCCCUGCAGACCCUUAACUGCAACCGAGACGUAUGGGGCGGAGCCGGCCGAAGAAGGUAGUAGCCGGCAAGGCAAACAAGAUGUCCGGCGGUGCCCUUGUGGGCGGAAGCUUCCCGUUGAGAUGAGCAUGGAGCCUUUAUCGAUGGAACCUGGACAAUCCCGGUUGCGUGGCGGGGACGCGGGUCGACGGGACGACUCCCUGGCACGCAUGGCCGCCGGAGGCGGGGGGUUUGGGGUUAUUACUCCGGUCGUGAGGGCCCGUCUCCAACGGAGCGUUGCACUCCGUCCAUGGAGUGGUGGGGGUGGUGUGGGCGAUGGGACCGGGGCUGUAGGUUUGGACAGCCACCACAAAUUGCGAGGCGAGAAUAGGAAUCAAGUCCAGUGA